AUGGAUCUCACGCUUGACAACUCCGUCGGGAAGUUUUCUCCCUCUCCCGCGCCUCCCGCCGGGCCCCCGACCCUGCUGCGCGGCGCGCUCGUCCCCAACGACGCCUCCGAGCCCGGGACGUACACCCGUCGCGACGUCCUUAUCGCCGACGGCGUCCUGAAGCGCGUCGCGCCCGGCGGGACCCUCUCGCUGGACGUCGACUGCCCCCCCGGCACGAUCGAAGAGGACUGCUCGGAGCGCAUGCUCGUCCCGGGCUUCGUCAACGGCCACACGCACAGCGUCGAGCACUGGGCGCGCGGUCUCAUCAAACCCCUGCCGCUCGAGAUGUGGGUCCUGCAGCUGAUCCGCCACGAACCCCGCGGCGAGGAGGGCUGGGCCGGACCGGAGUCCUGGAUCAAGACCCCGGCCGCGGCCAUCGCCGUUUCCGCGAUGCACUGCGGCGUCGAGGCCCUCCUCUCGGGCACCACCGCCAUCAUGGACCACCUCCUCUGCCGCGACAUCAAAGACGUCGAAGCCGCCGUCUUCGCGUACCGGGCCCUCGGCAUCCGCGCGUACAUCGCCCCCAUGCUCGGCGACGACCUCGAACCCUACGUCAACUACGUCCCACUGGCGCGGGACGCGCAGGGAAGGAACGGCGCCAUCUGCGGCCCGGCGGGUCCCGCCCCGGGAUGCCCCGACUGCGGCGGGCUCGGAGCGCACGGCUCGUUUCGCACGGAGGUUGGCGAGAGGGACCCGGCCAAGACGGAGGCCAACCUGGCGCUGUGGCGCGAGGCGGCGCAAAAGUUUCACGAUCCUAAAAACGGGAUCAACAUCGUCGUCGGACCCGUCACCGCGUACAGUGCGAGCACCGAGCUGCUCCGGGGCGCGGCUGAGAUUCGGAAAGAGUUUGGGCUGUGCGGGCACAUUCACCUGCUCGAGACCCGCGCGCAGGCGCUGAUGGCGCGGCAGUUCCUUCCCAGCGGUUCCGCCGUGAAGCACCUGCGCGACACCGGCUUCCUCCAGGUCCCCGGCACCACCUGCGGGCACUGCGUGUGGCUCGACGACGAGGAGAUUGCCAUCAUGGCCGAGUGCGACGCCACCGCCGUGCACAACCCGUUCAGCAACCUUCGCCUGGGCAGCGGCGUCGCCCCGCUCCACAAGUACGCCCGACUCGGGAUGAACGUGUGCCUCGGCGCCGACGGCGCGUGCUCCUCCGACGGCCAGGACAUGCUCGAGGUGGCCAAGCUCGCCAACAUCUUGCCGUGCGUCGCAACCCCGGAGUACCGCGACUGGCCCACCGCGCACCACACCGCCUUGGUGCUCGGCGCCGCGAACGGGUACAAGGGGAUCCUGCUGGAGGGUAAGCCCGGGCAGGUUGGUAAGGGCGGGGUGUUGGAGGAGGGCGCGCUCGCGGACCUGUCCUCCUGGGACCUCACCGCCCUCUCCAUGCUCCCCCGAACCGACCCGCUGAGCCUCCUGGUGCAGGGCAGCCGGACGCAGGCGCCGGGGGCCGGAUCCGCGCUGGACUGCGCGUGGGUCAACGGCGUGCGGGUCGUCCAGGGCGGUUCGCCGGUCAACGUCGACGUCAAAGCCCUGCGCGAGGUGCUGCGAGCCGCGCAGGGUACGUACCGGGAUCCCGCCAUCACCGACCCGAGCACCCACGAGAAGACGGCGAGAGCGGAGACGGAGUACAGGGCGGCGAUGGAUCUCGACCCGGCGGGUGCGACGGGGCUGAGGCCCGCGUACGAGUGGCCCGAGCACUGCGUGUUGUACCCGGCGUCGCAAAAUUGA